CCCGCGACUAUCCAUGCGCCCCCAACUCACCAAACGAGCCUGCGACGAGUGCAUCUCCCGCAAGGUCAAGUGCAGCGGCGCCUGGCCGUGCCAGACCUGCCAGAACGGCGCGAAACGAGUCCGCUGCACAUAUUUGAAGCCCGCGCGACGGAGAGGGCCGAAAGUACGACGGCGGGCCGGUGGGGGCCAGGACGCCGAGAGUCCCCUAGCUUCGAGCAGAAACACUCACGGCAGCGCCGCCGCCGAUCCUGGUGCCGAGAAUGAGCAGGAAACUCUCGGGCCCGAGCACGAACAGCCCCCGGAACCGGUUUCCGAUGCGACCAGCGAUGGGUUUGUCGGGAUCAUCUCCCCCUCGACUCUGGCGUCGGUGGUGCGUCUGUAUCGCCAGUCCUCGUAUGGUGUGUGGCCUGUUGUGAAUGCGCCGGCGCUGCUGCGGAGGAUCGAGUCGGCUCGGUAUGAUGUGAGCACGUACUGUCUGGCGGCGGCGUUGUGUGCGGCGACGAUGGCACAGCUGCAGCUUGGGCCGGUGGGGGAUGAGGAUGGGGGUGUUGUUGACUGUGCGGCUAUGGCGGCGGAGUGUAUGAGGGUGAGAGAGGAGACGGGGUACAGGGAGAACCCGGACCUGCGGAGUGUGUUUGUUUCGUUCUUCUUGCAUGUGUAUCAUGCGAAGACCAAUCGGCAGAAUUCGGCGAUGAUGUUCAUCCAGGAGGCGAUUUCAGGCGCGAGGCUGUUGCGAUUAGAUGCGGAGGAUGCGACGAUGCGGCGCCGAAGUCCCGAGGAGGAUGUUAUAGAGAAUGAUGAGAUUUUGUUUAUUCUGCUGUGGGUUUCUGAGAGAGGCUAUGCCAUACACCUUGGUCUGGCGCCGUCCUAUACCACGCCCAUUCGGGUGCCCAGUAUACGAGGUGCAAGUGGCAACAUUCAUGUCCAGGGCUUAGUCGAAUUGGCUAGGCUCUUCGCCACUUUUGAUGGACUGUCUGUGCGGCGACGUGACCCCGGAAAGAUUGGCCAAACUGCAAUUUCCGCCGAUAGCCUAGCCGAGACCGAAGCUGCAUUGUCGGUGCUCUCGCUCAGCUGUCGAACAGAAGCGUCCUCACGGAUGGCAGAUCACUGCAUCACAAAGGAAUGGAUGCGGACGAUUGUCUGGCAGGAGGCGCUGUCGCGGCAAUUGCUUUCCACUGCAUCCUACGCGGAGCUGUUGACGUUCAAGUUCCCGGCGCUUGUCAGUCGCGACCUCCUGUAUUCGCUGCGGGAGUUUACGGAAUCUGAUUUGCUGCCCUUGGGUCGGGAUCAGUUGUUGAAGUGCUUCGAAGUAGCAAACUCGCUGGCAGAUACGGUUCUAUUUGCCUCGUCAUCGAACCGGUCCUUUCAGUUGAGACCCGAGGACUAUCUCCAUGCUCUGUAUCAGAAGCUUUUACCGUUCUUGGACCAAGACCCCAUGCUGAAAUCGAUUCUACGGGCAAAGACUGCCGAAGCGUUGGUUCUGGCUCCUGCGCGACUACCGGAGAUUGCUUGGCAGGAAGAUAUGCUACGAGGCGAUAGACUAUCGUCCAAAACUGAUGCCUAGGGUACCAUCAUGAAACAUUGAUGUUUCAGUACUCCGAAACCUGAAGCACAAUUCUUCCCGCAAUAUCGCCCCUUUCCAUCUCUUCAUACACCUGAG